AUGCUGUAUUCUGUUAUUUUGUUAUGGGUUUUUACAAUAAUCAUAACAUGCUACGUUUUAGUGCCUUCGGCACAUCAGUCUUCCCUAAACACGGAAACUCAGAAGAAACGGUCAAAGUCUGGGGAAAUAGGACAUUUUGCGAUCCCCCCCCCCCCCCCCCCCCCCACCUCUUCCUCCCCC